AUAAACUCUCAGACAUCCUGAACAAAACUCCCAGAGGCCAUUGUCAGCCGCUGGAGCAGUGUGAGAACUGGAGCGAGGACGUAAAACCCACCCGCGUAGGCUGGACCUCACUGCCACGGCCUCGCUUCCACAGGCUCAGCCCUGUGGACUCCACCAGCUCCUGGACCACCUCUGUCCUCACGAGCACAUCCACACCCCACCCUCCAUCUUAUUCUUCUUCACUCCUACACCUCUCUCUCUCUCUUUCUCUCUCUCUCUGUGUGUGUGUGUGUGCACACUUCACCUCCGGCACCUCACGUGUACAGUGCUAGCGUACCAUGGAGAAGGUGCAGCACAUGACCCGUGCGGCCAUCAGGAGGGCAUCCACCAUGGAGGUUCCACAGCAGGCCAAGCAGAACAUGCAGAACCUCUUCGUCAACUUCUGCCUCAUCCUCAUCUGCCUGCUGCUCAUCUACAUCAUCGUCUUGCUAAUCUCUUUCCACGUGUGAAGGAUGGACAGUGUGGCGUAACCUCGUCCUCUUCCUGGCACUGCACGCUGAGCACGUCCGUCCCCGAGCCGCACGGCACCUCACUGUGAGCUCGCGCUCUGCGAUCAUCCAGCUCUGACAUCUUCACCAUGGAUCUUGCCAAUAACCGAGGUCUCAACCUGCUGCUCAACUUCCUGCUCAUCGUCAUCGUGCUGCUGCUCAUGCUCAUUCUGGUCAAGCUCAUGUGACCUGAGCUGAGCUGCUCACCAAGCACUCAAGACUUAAUAUGGCCUGAACACAUUUACUACAGAUGGAGAGAUAUAGGGAUCUCUCCCUCGUUCAUUCUCUCUCUCUAGUUCUCCGUUUGAGCGUCUGUUCCACUUUAUAAAUCACAUUCUGAUGCAUCGCUUUAAGACCAAGUGCUCGUUAAGGCAACGUAGGAGGUCUUUUAUGUGGAAAAAGAUGAGAUGUGCGCUUCUUAACGACAAUCUAAAAUCAAAACUGACCUUUUCGCCAUGUUAGCUCACAUCUUUGAUUAGAUUGUGCUUGAAAAACGAUUCUAAAUUGUCCAUUAACGUGUAGCAGUAAAGAUUUCCCGCUUCUAAAUCACUUCAGACUUUUAGCUAUGUCACUGACCGUCAUGGACGGGAUAAAAAAAAAAAACAAACAGCCAGUCAGCAAAGAUGUGAGAUGUCUGCUUUUCAUAAGCCAGUCAAAGUCUCAGGGAUAAAACCAAAAAAAAAGUUGUUUUACCCGUUUCACUGAUUAAAGCCCUAUUCGGAUUGGAUUUGUUUUAUAUGUGGAGACGCACCACCAGUGCAUCUCUGGGAUUUUAGUCCGAAUCUGACAUGCCAGGAAAUUGUGUGUCUAGAAAUAAUUUGCUUUCCGUUGACGAGUAGAAAUGGCCCCAGGUAAAAAAAAAUAUACCACCUGAACUGACAUGUUGGUAAAGAUUCGGUUUUAUCCUGUGGCUGUGGAAAAAGAGAUUUUACAUUCUUCCUUCAGUAUGAAGACAAUCCAGGAAGCACGAUUGUUUCCCACAGAAACCACGACAGAACUGGAUUUAAAACAGAACAAAAACAUACAGAUGGUGUUUGAGAUACCUUUUCAGAGUAGUGACACUUUCAGGGGUUUUAGGAAAGUUUUUGAGUUCCACAAUAGGUAAAGCUGACACGCAUUAUGGUCAUGUGACCUCCUUUUGCAGCCAGCGGGGUCAAUACGAUCAGUUUGACCUAUGUAGUUGGGGUGUAAACCACAGACUUCGAUUCUUACCAGAAUUAUGUCUGAAAACCUUGUCCACCUGAAUCGCACUUACCACACGCAAGUGAUAAACACUGCUUCCUACAUGCUUCUGCCAUCUAGUGGUGAUGUUUAUACUGCAACGAGGAAAAACCUCAGACCAAGGUCUUUAAUUUCACUCCUCCACCCUUUUUCUACCUUCUCCAUAUAAACUGCACAGUGCAUUAUGGGAGAUCUGCAAGCCCUCGGCUACAUUCUUCAGUUCGGUCUGAUAAAACGUGCACUCCACAGUGAAAAGGAGUAGAGUAUGGACUUUUCUUCCCAUUCAGCUCACCAGGACUUCGGUGACAAACCUAAUUUUUACUCAUGGUCAUGAUGUGUACUGAAGGUUUCAUUUUUAAAGUGCCUGGACAUCAAACCAUCAGUGUUGUGAGAUUUUUAAUUGCGGCACUAGGGGUGGGUGAUAUGAUCCAAAAAAAAAAAACCCCAGGAAACCAAUAGUGUCACCUUACAACCAGGGCUUUGAACCAGAAUUUUUUUCCUAUUGGUUCGUUCCGAACAGAAACGGAAUUUUAACGUUUCCGAUUUUGGGUUCCACCAUUAAAUAGACGUUCCCGAACCGGUUAGAACAAAAAAAAUUUCGUUCCCGGAACGGUUAAUUACGUUCCCUGUCAGCUGUUUAACAAAUGGCAAUAAAAUUAUGUCUCUGUCUCAUCCAGCUUAAGCCAAAUGUAGGCUAAUUCUAUUACAACCUUCAUUAAAUAAGACAAGAAAUAAUUCAAAACAAUUAUUAUUUCAAAUGUUGGCGAUUUGGAUUCUCAGUAUGUCUUCCCAUCUACACAAACAGAAAAAGUGCCAAAAAUGAAAGAGAAUUCAUUUAGUGUGUUACCAAAGGCUAGUCAGGCCCUAUGCAUUGAUAGGCUAACAGAGGUUAACGUCAUUUAAUGUUCACGAGCCUCUCAUUAACGUGGACAAAUAUAUUGAUAUCGUGUUUGAAAUUGACAUUUUUGAAUAACGAUAGACUGCAAUAUUUACCUCUUAUUUAAGAUGUGGAGACGUGAUAGUAGUCCACCCUCCCGCUCUCUCCAUUCAGUCAGCGAACGUCACACAGGAAGCGAACCCCAGCGGGUCAUAGAAACUUGCGCAGGAGAAGAAUGACUUUAUUUGUAGGCUACGGAAACUUUGAGGAACGAAAUAAAAACCGGUAUUAACCGGUUACCAUUAUUUUUAAUAAGCGUUUCUGUUCCGGAACAUAAAAAAAUAAAGUUUCUGGUUUCGUUUCUGUUCCAUGUGAAAUAGAAAAAGUUCCCGGUUUUCGUUUUCGUUCCUUGAACCGGUUCAAAGCCCUGCUUACAACCGAGUUGUAUGAUGGCUAAAAUAAUAAAUAAUUUAAUACUGAAAAGAAGAUACAUACUGUGUAAAAAAAAAAAAACAUGUCUAUAGUACAACAUUCAGACAACAGAUCAACAGCUUCCAUUCAGUUUCAAAAUGAUAAAAAUAUUUAUAACCAUAUCUGAUAUACUGUGACAAUCAAACUACAAUAUCAAAAUUGUCAUAUCACCCAGCCUGUGUCACUACUGCUUUUUUUUUUUUUUAAUAGUUUGCAAAUCUAAAUAUCUUCAUUUAUUCUAUCCACGUUCACUGAUAUGAGCAAUCACAUGCUCUGACUGGCUGCUCUACUACUAAUCUAUCAGCUCAUAUACUGUGAGUAAAAAAAAAAAAAAAU